UGUCCCCCCCCCCCCAAAGCAAAGUGCCCACACCUGUCGCCGUUUUCUCCACAGCGUACCAGCCUUCAAUCCAGCCCAGCCUUCGACCGGCAACAAAGAAACAAAAAAACCACACAUAAGGGCACCUCACCUCUGGCAGGGAGUCCAGCAGCUCAGUGACACUCCCACUUCGUUGACCCCCUCAACCCACCAACCAACCAACCAACCUUCACGCAAACCCCAACACGAAAAUGUCCUACUACGUUGCGCCCAGCCAGCAGCGCACUCUCCGCGCUUGCAUGGUCUGCUCUCUCGUCCAACUCCACAGCAAAUUCAUGCGCGAAGGCUGCCCCAACUGCGACAAUGUCCUCGGCCUCCGCGGCAACAACGACGCCAUCCAAGAAUGCACAUCCCAGGUCUUCGAGGGCCUGCUGACGCUCCGCGAUCCCACGACCAGCUGGGUGGCUCGGUGGCAGCGGCUGGAUAGCUAUGUCCCGGGGACAUACGCCGUCAAGGUGACCGGUUCGCUUCCCGAUGAGAUCAUUUCCAGCUUGGAGGACUCGGGGAUCAAGUAUAUUCCGAGGGAUGGUAGCACUGGGGAAGAGGAGGCGUAGAACGGCUUACUCGAUCCAAUAUUUACUAUUCGACGAAGGCGCGCGGCCUGGAGACUCUGGCUGGAAGGGGAGGUGGUUUUCUUCUUUUUGUUUUGUUCCUUGCGCGGUUGCACAACACUGGAGUUUUGGUUAGGUUGUUUUUUCUCGUACUGUAUGCGAUUGAUUCCGGGAAACAUGGUUGCUUGCCCCUUGGAUUUUUUUUACUGCGCCGGGGUUGCUCGUCGAUUCUUACUUCUCCAAAGACGAGCUUUCAAAGGUUCAGAAGAUCAACCCCGAACAAUGCUCGAUACCCG